CGCCCAUGCGGCAUGGACGGCCCGGCCAUCAUCACGCAGGUGGCCAACCCCAAGGACGACGAGGCCCGCGCGGCCGCGGGCGACAAAGCUUCCCAGUGCAGCGUCAGCUUGAAGAAGCAAAGAAGCCGCAGCAUUCUCAGCUCCUUCUUCUGCUGCUUUCGUGACUAUAAUGUGGAGGCCCCACCAGCCAGCAACCCCAGCGUGCUUCCGCCACUGCUGGAGGAGAAUGGUGGGCUUCAGAAGGGUGAUCAGCGGCAGGUCAUUUCCAUCCCAAGUCCACCAGCUAAAUACCUCCUUCCAGAGGUGACAGUGCUAGACUACGGAAAGAAGUGUGUGGUCAUUGAUUUAGAUGAAACAUUGGUGCACAGUUCAUUUAAGCCUAUUAGUAAUGCUGAUUUUAUUGUUCCCGUUGAAAUCGAUGGAACUAUACAUCAGGUAUAUGUGUUGAAGCGGCCACAUGUGGAUGAGUUCCUCCAGAGGAUGGGGCAGCUCUUCGAAUGUGUGCUCUUUACAGCCAGCUUGGCCAAGUACGCAGACCCCGUGGCCGACCUGCUUGAUCGCUGGGGUGUGUUCCGGGCCCGACUCUUCCGAGAAUCCUGUGUUUUCCAUCGCGGGAACUACGUGAAGGACCUGAGUCGCCUUGGUCGGGAGCUGAGCAAAGUCAUCAUCGUGGACAAUUCUCCUGCCUCGUACAUCUUCCACCCCGAGAAUGCAGUCCCCGUGCAGUCCUGGUUUGAUGACAUGACAGACACGGAGCUGCUGGACCUCAUCCCCUUCUUUGAGGGCCUGAGCCGGGAAGACGACGUCUACAGCAUGCUGCACACGCUCUGCAGCAGGUAGCCCCGGCCUCCUGCCACCGCUGGCCUGUGCUGCCCUGGGCAUCUGCCAGCUCCAGGCGCCCGAGAACCGAGAGGAAGGACACUUGGGACGACUGCGGCCAUACCUACCUGUUUUUAUUUUUGAAGAACAGAAACAGCUAUUUUAAAAAAAAAUGGACUCUUUUAAUAGAUUUCAUAAAGGGACAUGCAUUUUACUGGAUUUGCUUUUUAAAA